AUGACAUUCUCUAUCAACGACAUCCCCGACCUCACGGGCAAGGUGGCUCUGGUCACGGGCGGCAACGCAGGCAUAGGCUACGAGACGGUCAAGCAGCUGGCACGUAAGAAUGCCAGUGUCAUUCUCGCUGCGCGUUCGCGCCCCAAAGCGCUCAAAGCCAUUCAGGCAAUCAAGGACGAGUAUCCUUACGCUCGUAUCGUGUUCCAGCUGCUGGACCUUAGCAGCAUGGAGAGCAUUCAGAAAGCGGCGAGCCAAGUCGUUGAGGGUCAAAGCCGACUCGACAUUCUCGUCAACAAUGCCGGCAUCAUGGGGCUUCCCUACGAGUUCACCGCAGAUGGACUCGAGAUCCAGAUGGGCACCAACGUUAUGGGCCACUUCUUGCUGACUCUGCUGCUGCUGCCGCUCUUGGCAAAGACAGCGCAAAUGCGCGAGUACGCGCAGCCCCUUAGCACGGUACGCAUCGUCCACCUCGCCAGUCUGGGCCACUGGUUCGCCCCCUUCGACACGUCAUUCCGCGAUCUGGACGCUUUCAACAAGCAGCACUGGCCCGAAUGGCUCGGUACCAACCACCGCUACCACAAGUCGAAAGUGGCCAACAUGCUGCUCUGCCAAGAGUUCCAAAAGUGCAUACCCACACACGCGCCAAUCGCCAACCUCUCGCUCCACCCGGGCACCGUCGCUACCGACCUCUUCAAGGACAUUCACCGCUCCUACCCGCUCUGGUUCGCCAACACCUUUCGUUACAUCACCAGGAAGGUUCUGACACCCAUCGAGCAAGGCGCGCUCACCCAGCUCUACGCUGCCACUAGCCCCGAGGUCGACGCUCUCGAUCUCAAGUCUGCGUAUCUGGCGCCCGUCGCAAGAGUUGCCAUGAAGCGGCCCCUCGCUGCCGACAAGGACGGGAAGCUCGGCAGAGAGCUGAUGCUGUUCUGCAAUGCCUUUACAAAGUCUCGCUUGGGCAUCGAUGCCGAAAGGGUGCUCCGCGAUGCCGGACUCAUAUGGCCUUACUAG